AUGCUGCCCUCCCCCGCCGCCCGCCUGAGCUGCCUGCUGAUGCAUUGGGCGCUGCUGCCGCAGCUCGCGUCCGCCGCGCUGCCGGCGCUGCCGGCGCCCAUGCUUAGGGAACUGGUGCUCGUGGCCGCAGCGGCAGAGGGCAGCGCUGACCAGGAGGGGGAGUUGGGGCGAGACAAAGCAGCCGCCGCCGCCGCCGCCGCCGCCGCCGCCGACGACGACAUCCUAGUCAGCUCGGUGGCUGAUGAGGACGCGUUCGCCGACGAGCCCUCCGUCGCCGACCCCUUAUGGAUGGGCCUCGAAAGGAUUAACCCUAGCGCCUUUGCUGAGAUCAUCAUAUCAGUCGACACCGCCGCAACAUCGGCUGCCGCCGCCGCCGCCGCCAGCCCUGACGCCGCAGCUGCGGCCCCCAGCGCGCACGCCGCGGUCGACGCCGUGUGCGAGGCAAUUGUCUCCGGCCUUCGCCCCGCGGCGCCGGCGGCGCUGCUGCUCGGUGCGGCCGUCGCGUCCGCGGCGCCGGGCGUGCGCGCGAGCCGGCUGCUGCGGCACCUCCUGCGCGCGGCGGCCGGCCGCGGUUCGGUGUCCUUGGGCGACGGCGUCGCACACGCGCUGUGGCUGGUCUGCACCUCCCCCUCUGCCGACGAGACGGUCCGCAGAACCUACGCGGAAGCUGCCGCGGCGCUGCUCGCCGGCCUCCCGCCCGCGGAGGCGGCGCGCGCCGCUUCGGAUAUGAUGGCCGCCUGCGCGGCCGCGGGGGACGGCGCGGGCGCCGCGGCCGCCCUUGAGCUGUGCGAAGCGGCACUGGUUGCUGCGGCAGAGCGCGCCGACCCUGAGCUCGCCUUUGCGCUGCUGGGGGCGCCGGCGGUGCUCGAGUCGGCGUGGGAGGCUGUGUGGGCCGUCGUCGUGAACCCCGUCCGUGGCACGUUCUGCCCCAGCGCGCGCGGCCUCGCGGGGGCGCUGUCCGAGAUACCAGUUGCGGACUCGCGGCGCCUCGCGGGCGCUUGGGGGGCGCUGGUCGCGCACGGCGGCUGGGCUGAGGUGGCCACCGAGGUGCGUGCCCAGGGGCAGUCCGAUGACGCUUCUGUGGACAGCGGCUGCGGCAGGGGCGUCCCGAUUGAGGAGGUGCUUUCGGCGGUGCUGCUGCGCCUGCCGCUGGCGGCGGGCGCCGCGCACCUGGCCGCGCUCGCCGGCCAGGUCAGCCCAUCAGCGCUCGCACGGCUCGCCUCCGCCGCCUAUGCGUCGCUCGAGGCGGCGCCCGUCGCCGCCGCCGCGCCCAAGUCGUCGGGCGCGGCCGCGUGGCUGAUGGCGGCGGGCGGGCUCGAGCUGUCGCACCCGGUGCUCGCCGCCGAGCCGCGCGCGCUGCGCGUGCUGUGCGUCGCGGCUACUGCGCUGCAAGACGAUGACCUGCCCGCCUUCCUCCCGGCGGCCGCCGCGGCUGCCGACGCUGAGCGGCGCCGGCGCGACGCCGGGCCAGCGCUGCAGCUGCUGUACGCGUGCGCGGCCGAGGGGCGCGGCGGCGACGGCUUCCAGGGGCUGCUGCGGCGCAUGGCUGAGGCGCUGCCGGCGCAGCACGCGCGCGCGAUGCUGGCGGCGCUCGGCCCGCAGAUGACGCCGGCGACGCGCGCGGCGGUGGAGGGCGCCGCGGAUGCGGAGGGGCGCCUGAGGGGCGAGGCGGUUUGGCAGAUGGGCCAGGGGGGCGGCGGCGGCGGCAAAACGAACCCCGAGGCGCCAGAGCCUGCUAGCGCGCCUGCCGCCCCCGCGCCUGCCGCUGCGCUUGUCGGCGCCGCCGACGCGCCUGCCGCACCUCGUGCCGUGGCGGCCGCGCCCGCGUCCGCCGCGGAGGCGGCGGCGUUCCCGGCCGUCGCUAACCUGGCGCGACUAAUCUCAUCCGUCCCCCACGCGGCGCCGGCCGGCUCCGGCGGCUCAGAGGACGCUCUUCAAGAUCCCCAGCGCGUCGCCGGCCUGCUGCGACGCAUCAUGGCGCUCCUGUCGGACCCUGCAUGGACGCCCGGGCGCCCCGAGGCGGCCGCCGCCGCGGAGCAGCUUGCCUUGCUCGCCUUGCGCCGCGCCUGGGGCGACGGCGACGUCGCCGGCCUGGUUUGCCGCCUGCCCGCGCCGACGGCGCUGCGGCUGCUGAUGGUCGCUGGCGCUGCGUCUGGCGGGCUCGCCGCGCGCCGGCCAGCGCUGCUGUCUGCCCUCGCGCGCUGGCACGGCGCGGGCGCCGUCGCGGGCGAGCUGGCGGCGAUCUAUGAGUCAGACCGCAGCUUCCCGCUCGGGGACGUGUGCGCCCUGCUCGCCGACGGCCGCGCCGCGCUCAGCGGCGCGCCCGGCGUCGAUGCAAGCAGCGGCGGCUUUAUUGCGGCAGUCUGCGCCGUGCUCGGCAGCCUGCGGGGCGUCGCCCCGCCGGGCGCGGGCGCCGCGCGCUACACCCGUGGCUACGCCGCCGCGCUGGUCAAAGGCGGCGAGGAGGAGUUGACCGAGGACGCGGCCGCCGCCGCUGCCGCGCCGGCAGGCCUCGAGAUUGCCCCAGCCGCCGCAAGCCGCGGGCCGGUGACUGCGGGCGAGUUUGCCGAACUCUGCUGCCUGCUGCACGCGCUCGCGCCCGCGCAGCCGGCCCGCGCUCUGCUGUCGGCCCUGGGCGCGAGCCUGGGCGCGGCGCGGCUGGCCGCGGUCGACGCGGCGCUGCCGGGCGCGGCGCGGCGGGCGGUCGCGAAGGGGGCGGCGAUGGCUCUGGAGGUCGGCGCGCUCCUGAGGGGUGACGAGGGCGGCGGCGCCGAUGGUGACGUCAUCACAGAGGGUGGGCCGGGCGGCGCCGCCGGCCCUCACGGCGCCCGCGCAGGGGGGAAGCUGCAAGCCGCCGCCGCGAGCGGCGGCGGUGGCGGCGGGGCGCAGGCGGGCGGGGCGGGGGAGGCGCUUCUGGCUGCGGCGGCGUCCGGCGGCGGAAGUGGCGAGUGUGAGGAAGACGGCGGCGAGGUUGAGGGCGAGGGCGAGGGCGUGGGGGCCCACAGCGAGCGGGCCCAGGCCGCGCUGCUCGCCGCGGCCGAGAGCGGCGGAACUAGGGGAGGCCCACAGGCCGCGUGCGCCGAGGCAGCGCUGCUCGCCGCCGCCGGCGACUCUGCAGCUGCCGCCGACAGCCCCGCUGGGGACGCCAGCGCAGCCACCGCUGCAACGACCGAGGAUGGGCCAGACCGCGCCGUCCUGCAGCUACUGGAAAUCGGCGCCCUCGUCCACGCCGUCCCCAGCGCCGACCCGCGCCCCUUCCUCCGCCGCGCGCUGCGUGGCGCCGGCGCCCGAGCGCGCAUGCUGCUGCGCGCGCUGCCGCGGGAGGCGGCGGAGCUGCCCGAUGAGGUCAUUGCCCACGUGCUCGCGCUGGCAGCGCUCGAAUUUAACGCAGACCCGCAAGAAUGGGAGGGCGCAUUGCUGGACGUCUGCAUCGCCGUCAACGCAGCGGCGGCGGCGCCGCCGUCGCCGCGCGACCUGCUGUUCCCGAGCAUGCGGCGCGCGCACGCCCGGCGCGCCGCGAAGGCGCCGCGCGUCGCGCUGCUGCGGCGCCUGGUGGUCGCGCUGCAGCUGGCGGACCUAUAA